UAACUUUUGUUUUGUACACAAAGAAAAAUUCCUCCACUAAAGUAGAAUCCAAAAAGGAGAAGUUCGAGCUCAAUCAACCCGAAGAGGAGGAGAAAGGGUGAGGAGAGGGGGUGGUCGACUGGUCGGUAGUGAUUUCGAUCCCUCUUCGUGGUCUACGCAUUCUGCCCAGGUGUUAGCUGUUGUACUAGAAGAAGAAAAGGCUAUCAUGGGCAUUUCAGCCAAGUGGAUUAAAUCACUUGUUGGGAUAAAAAAGCAUGAGAAAGGCCAAAAUGCUGAAUGCAGUGAUGCAAGGAGAUCUGCUACCCAGUUGCUACACAAACGGAAGCAUUCUGUAGAUACAGAAGGUGUCCUUGCAGUCGAAGAACUCAGAGUACAAGUUGAACCAUUGGCUGGUGACACGAUCAAAGAAACGAUCUCAAAUUCCACUUCCUCACCCAGCACAUCUCUUCAAGUCACAAAGGAGCAUCAGGCUGCAAUAGUUAUUCAGUCUGCCUAUCGAGCAUUCUUGGCUAGGCGGGCUUUACGGGCGUUAAAAGGACUAGUUAGACUCCAGGCAGUUGUUAGGGGUCAUGCUGUAAGAAAGCAAGCAGCAGAAACACUUCAGUGCAUGCAAGCACUGGUAAGAGCUCAAGCUCGUGUCAGAGCAAGGCGAGUUCGCGUUGCUUUGGAAAGCCAGGUAGCCCAGAAGAAAACACCUGAACAAAAAGUUCGCGAGGACCAUCGAGAUAUUGAGGAAGACUGGUGUGGCAAUAUAGGCUCGGUAGAAGAAAUGAAGGUUAAGGCAUUAAAAAGGCAAGAAGCUGCGGCUAAGCGGGAACGAGCAAUGGCAUAUGCUUUAACACAUCAGUGGCAAGCAGGUUCCAGGAAACAAAAAGCGGCGAGUCUCCAAGACAAAGGACUUGGGGUGGACGAGAAUCAGUGGAGUCAGAACUGGUUAGAGAGGUGGAUGGCUGUACGCCCAUGGGAGAACAGGUUACUUGACACUAAUGCCAAAGAGGGUGUUCCGAUUGGUGAUGAUAAACAGGCUGAAGAAGACAGGACCAAGGUUCUGAACAAACCAAAAGAAAAAGUGCCCACGCCAACAAUACAAUCAAAUGGAUCAUGGCAGAAGAAAAGCACCAGCCACAAGAAAUCGCAUUCUGAUGUGAGUGGCUCCUCAUCUGGACAGUCUGCAAAUGCUCUACCUGCAACUUCUUUGGGGUCAUCCAAGAUAAAAGCUAAGUCAUCAGUUGAAAUCUCUGAUGAAGUCAGCUCUCAACCUUCAAAUUUGACUUCCCGGUCCACAAGCAAUCCAAAAGAAAGGCUAGGGCAAACCAGUGCACCAGCAAAGAAGCGACUAUCCCUUCCUAACAAAGUUAACAUGCAUCUGAGCAAGAUAUCAGCAGUUGAAGCUUCCGAAGCAUUUGAUGCUCGUGACUUGUGUGCAGCAUCAGGUAGUGGGGAAGUAGAAAAGGGCCCUACCAACAGUAAUCGGACAACCCAGGCCAAGAGAUCCAAGAGUGCAGUGAAAGGAACCUCCAAGUCUGAAUCAAGAGAGCAGCUGAAGCCUGCUAACACAACUGUGAAGCCAGUUGAGACACAAGCCUGAGAACCCCGUCCAUCUUAUUCAAUAUUUAUGCGCUUGGUAAUGCCCCUUCGUCAUGCAUGCUGUUGCAUUUGUGUAUAUAAGCUGAAAAAUAAAUCUUUACAUGCGAAUUGAUGCCAUGUAUUCUACAAUUGUGUGAGUUUGUUAGCGUGUUGUAAAUUGUUUACACUGCCGCUAUCUAUCAUUGUGUAA